AUGGCAGCCGCCCAACCCCGCGGCGCCGCCACCCACGGGACGCGCCGCCUGCUGGCCGCCGCCACCGUCGCCAAGCCGACCGCCCUCGCCACCUGCACCGCCAAGCUGACCGCCUGCACGUCCGCCAAGGCAGCGGCGGAGCAGCAGCUGGGUGCAGCGCAGGGGGUGGCUGCUGCGGCGGCAUCCACCACGGAGCAGCAGCUGGCAGCGGCGUUGAAGGAGGCGCAGGAGGCGACUGCGCUGGCUCAGCGGCGGCUGGCCGAGAUCACCAGCCUGAAGAAGCAGCUGACCGCCACCCGGGCGGAGCUGGUCGAGGCAAACGCCCAGGUGGCGGGCUCGGCCUCCAAAAUCGCAGAGCUGGAAGUGAAGCUGGAUGCGACCUCCAACCGCCUCACCCCCUGCACCGCCGCCGCCCAGACCUGCGAGAUCAAGCUGCAGACUUGCUCCACCCGGCUAGCGGCAUCCAGCGCCCAGGCUGCCACCUGCGCCAUCAGCCUGGCAGCAGCCGAGGCCAGCGCCCAGGCGUGCCAGAGCGAGCUGUGGCAGGCAAAGGCUGCCAAUGCUCCUUUGGCGAAUGAGCUGGCUGCCUGCCAGGAGGAGAAGACUGCGUCGGGCGAGGAGACGGCCGCUGUGGCUGCCAGCCUGCAAGCCUGCCGCACAAGCGAGAACCAGCUCUCUGAUUCCGUUGAACGCUGCGAGGCCAACCUGAUCAAGCGCACAGGCACGGGUGCCACCAGUGCCAACCGCCUGAUAGAGUGCCAGCACUCGCUUGCCGACCAGACCAACCUGCUGGCUGAGACCCAGAGGCACCUGCAGCAGGUGGAAGGCGCGUACGAGGAGUGCGCCAAGCAGUUUGGGCGCUGA